GGAAACGAGGUAAGAGGGGCCGAAGAGGAGAAUCUGGUCCUCCUGGUCAGCCUGGUCCCCAGGGCCCUCCUGGUCCAAAAGGUGAUAAGGGAGAACAAGGUGAUCAGGGACCUCGGAUGGUGUUUCCUAAAAUCAAUCAUGGGUUUCUCUCUGCUGAUCAGCAGCUCAUUAAACGCCGCCUGAUUAAGGGUGACCAAGGACAGGCAGGGCCUCCAGGACCCCCAGGCCCUCCAGGCCCAAGAGGGCCACCUGGGGACACAGGGAAGGAUGGCCCCCGUGGAAUGCCAGGGGUACCGGGUGAACCAGGAAAACCCGGAGAACAAGGCUUAAUGGGUCCUCUGGGGCCUCCAGGGCAAAAGGGUUCUUUUGGAGCACCAGGAAUUCCAGGGAUGAAUGGGCAAAAGGGUGAGCCUGGGUUACCUGGAACAGUGGGACAGAAUGGAAUACCAGGGCCAAAGGGAGAACCUGGAGAACAAGGAGAAAAGGGAGAUGCUGGAGAGAAUGGCCCCAAAGGUGACACAGGUGAAAAGGGUGACCCUGGAUCAUCUGCUGCAGGAAUUAAGGGGGAACCUGGAGAAUCUGGUCGUCCAGGGCAAAAGGGUGAACCAGGGCUUCCUGGGCUUCCUGGACUCCCGGGGAUAAAGGGAGAACCAGGUUUCAUUGGUCCUCAAGGAGAACCAGGCUUGCCAGGGUUACCAGGAACAAAAGGUGAACGUGGGGAGGCAGGGCCUCCUGGAAGAGGUGAGCGAGGGGAUCCUGGAGCCCCUGGACCAAAGGGGAAACAAGGUGAAUCAGGAACUAGAGGCCCUAAAGGGUCAAAGGGUGAUCAUGGAGACAAAGGGGACUCUGGAGCUCUGGGACCAAGGGGUCCACCUGGUCAAAAAGGGGAUCAAGGAGCCACUGAGAUCAUAGACUACAAUGGCAACCUCCAUGAAGCCCUACAGAGGAUUACCACCUUAACCGUCACGGGUCCCCCUGGAGCUCCUGGACCUCAAGGACCACAAGGACUAAAGGGAGAGCAAGGAUCUCCAGGAAUUCCCGGAGCUGAUGGAGAGCAGGGACUCAAAGGCUCCAAGGGAGAUACGGGGGACCCCGGUAUGCCAGGUGAAAAAGGAGGAAUUGGACUUCCUGGAUUACCGGGUGCCAAUGGAAUGAAAGGAGAAAAAGGAGACUCUGGAUUGCCAGGUCCUCAGGGUCCUUCUAUCAUAGGUCCACCAGGCCCACCAGGUCCCCAUGGUCCACCUGGCCCCAUGGGACCCCAUGGACUUCCUGGGCCAAAGGGAGCAUCUGGCUUAGACGGAAAGCCAGGAUCCCGGGGUACAGAUGGUCCUAUGGGACCCCAUGGCCCUGCAGGUCCCAAAGGAGAAAGAGGUGAAAAAGGAGCCAUGGGAGAGCCUGGACCCAGAGGGCCCUACGGUCUGCCUGGGAAAGAUGGAGAGCCUGGUCUUGAUGGCUUCCCUGGCCCGCGGGGCGAGAAGGGUGAUCUAGGAGAAAAGGGGGAAAAGGGAUUCCGUGGCGUUAAGGGGGAAAAAGGGGAGCCAGGCCAGCCUGGCCUGGAUGGGCUGGAUGCCCCUUGCCAAUUGGGGCCAGAUGGAUUACCCAUGCCUGGCUGUUGGCAAAAGUGAUGAAUCUAACCUUCCAAGCAUGAAGCUGUGUAUAUAACGGUCCACUUUUUAUAUUUAUAGUUGAAAACAGAAUUGCAGAUUUUACAAGUCUGAGAUAUGUUUACAUAGAGCUGCUUCUUCCUGUUUGCAGUAGUACACAUGUCCAUCUUUUCUCCACAUCUGAAAUUGGACAAUUUGUGAAACCAGUGAGAAGCCUGCAAAAAUAUAGAUCAGUAUCUCAUGUGAAGAUAUGUAUUUAUAUGGACAUAUCAGUGAUAGAGAAUGAUUGUUCUUGCUAUUUUCUUACUUUGGGCUUGUUAAUUGCAUGGACAAAAAGUGCCAUGAAAUAGUUUACAUGAAAUUGUGACCAAAUAUGAACUCAAAGCUAUGAAAAUGUACUAUACUGACUGUUUAUUGUCACAUUCCCAUUCACCUUCCCUAUUAGCAUUGAUUCGUGCUACACUACCCACUGAAAGUGACUAAAAAAGCAUGACUGUGUGCCAAACUUUCCUGUUGUUGUGCAACUUCAGAUGCUAGCAUGCUGCUUGAUGAGUCCUUUGAUUACAUCUGAGUUUUAUUCUUUUGUCAUCUCAAGGGGGUUACACCGUGGCUUAUUGCCAAAAAGAGAUAAGGUGGUGGAGAACACACACACAAUUGGUCUUGUCUUUUGAUGGAGUUGCACUGCUGACUGCAGAUCUACAGCUUCCAGUAUUGUGGGCUCAUGUGGCCACCUUGGUUGAAAUAUCAAGGGGUUGAGCCAGUUGCUGCCACCAGUUUUCCUUGGGCUGCCCUUGGUAGUGAAGACACAGGAAGAGGACCGGUUCAGCAUCCUGUGCUGUCUCUUGUGUGACCAAGUAGGAAAGAGGUUUAUAAAUGCAAAUGCCCAGAACAGCAGACUUUUUUUUUCAAUAAGCUGACUUCCAGCAAGUGUUAAUAUGGGUGAUUUUGUAAAAUGACAGAGGCAUACAGCACUUCUUUUGGAAUAGGAGAUUCUUGGAAUAGCAGCCCCUGUUCCUGAGGAAAAAGGUUGUGUCCAUUUCACCAAAUCUCAGGUUGCUGAAGAAAUAACAUGUCCUGAGAAGGAGUCAGCCAAAAUAACCUCUCCUGAACAUGUAGAGGAGCUCACCAGCACAGUCUCUAUUAAAGUUGAUGUGAGAGUUUUCUUUCCUUCUAAGAUCCAACCCAUAUCAAACAUUUCCUACAAAGUUCUAGAAACAGAAGGAUAUUUUUCAUCCUUUUAAAUAAUUUUUUUUCUUUUUUUAGUCCCAGGAAUAUUUGAAAACAUUUGUUUCAGUUUUUGUCACAUAUGUUUUGGACAAUUUUUUUAAAGAAAAGUCUUCAAAUCAUUAAUGAUUUAGUGCCAACAGUCAAAUGACCUUUUACUAAAUGACUUUUACUACUCUCUUGUUUGGGAUAAUUGAAGAGAAUAUACUCAGAGAAGAAACUCUACUUUCAGUUUAAUCAUUGAAAAGCAUGGAAUUUAAGAUUUUUUUCAGUACCUUUGGACUUUUUUUUACUGAUGAAUGUAACAUACAUAGAGAUUAUCAGUUAAUAUAAAGUCACGAUUUUCUCAUAUUUGAUAGUAUUAACUCAUUUCUAUUUCCUAUGGUUCUAAGUUUUGUCCAUAUUUAGCUUUCUUUCUUUUUACAUUUCUAAAUGUUUGUCUUAUCCCCUUAUCCACAGACCAAAUCUGAGAUCUCAGAAAGUUAUGAAAUAUAGUUGCCAUAAAGAGUAUUUUUUCAUCUACUUGCUAAAAAGUUACCUAACCGUAUUAGACUGAGCAUUUCUUUGCACAGUAACCAGUUGGUAGCAUGUUUUGAAAUGGCUUAUCCUAAGUGGCAGGAUUAUAUUAGGAGAAACAUUAUCAAUGAGGAGAAGUUCCCUUUCAGCUCAUCAGAGAAUUUAAUUUCCCUCCUGUCUCUGCCAUUUUGUGGAGAAAUUUAUAGUUUCAUGCAUAGGUUUUUACCACCAAAGGGAAAAUUAGCUUCUCAUUGGCUUAUGGUGACAACAGUUAAGAUAUAAUCAUAAGAAAAGGAUCCUAAAAUCCUUAUGAUGUCUUUCAUAUUACAAAAUGGUUUCUUUUUAAAUUAAGUUUUCAAGGCUAGAGAGAUCUAUCUAAUUGGUAACAUUUCUAGUAACAUUCCACACCCCUAAGCCAAUUUUAGCAUUUUUAUAAUAAUGGAGGGCAUUUUCUAACAAUUUCUUGUAUGGCAUGCUUAGGAUACAAUAUUGCUUAAUGUCUGAAACAAUUUGUCUUAAAUGGUUUGGAAAAAUGAACUGAAGCGGGUGGAACCACAUUCUCUUCAGGAAAACAAACUGUAGUGUCUUGAGAAAAGUCCAGUGACUAUAUUUCCUCCUUUCUAUCUUUCCUUCUACUCCUUUAGUAGAAAGAGGUAUUGAGAUGGAUCACUAUUUAAAACUUGCACAUCUUCAUAAGAGAAUACCUCAACAUCCAAAGAUAAACACUUCAUAUAUAAAAAAAAUUUUUUUUGAACACAGCCCUUUGAAGAAUACUGAUCUGUCCUGGCUGUUUAUGAGGUUUUUGUUCUAUAACUGAUUUGACAACAUUGACUCACUCCAUGAUUAAAGGCAGUUGAAAACUUCCAUUACUUUUUUUUUUUUGAAAAACAAAGGGAUGAUGGUACUCUUUUUUGUUCAGUGGAAUUUUCAGGUCUUAACCACCGUGGAUAAUCUUAAACUUUUGGUUAAUGAAAUAUUUUCGAGCAUCCUUUUUUCCCAUCAAUAUAGAGAAUCCUGAAAUAAUUUCCAGAUGAACUAAUAAAUUAUGUUUGUUGACACAUAUGUUGGUAGAUAACAUAUUUUUCUUAAAGAUUUCUUUAAUUUAUUUUAUUGAAUAGAGGAUUGAGAAAAGAUACAUGAAACACACAUUGGAAAUAAGUGAAGGUCAGGUUCUUUUUCCGAUAAAACAUCUUUAAAGGGUUCCAAAUUGGUAUGUGCUUUAGCUUGAAAAUUAUUUUCCAUUCAUAUUGGUUGGUGCUAAUGUAUUUCUUUUCUUUUUUCCUUAUGGACAAUGCAGCUCUACUAUGGAUAAUAAUUUCAUUUCUCUGAUUUAUAGCAUUCCUAAACUGUUAGUGUGUGAUUUUAUUUCUAAAGGUCAUGAAUUUACUUAGAAUUGUGGUUCAAUGACCAGCCUUUCUUAAUGUAAAACAAAACAGUGUACCUGUAGAUGAUGUGUGUUUACUCACAUCCCCCCUUAUUUCAUGUUCAUUUCAUACAUCAUAUGCCUGUAUCAACUUUCAUUCAUUCAUUUUUUUUUGGAGGCUGGCUGGUGCAGGGAUCACACUCUGGACCUUGGUGUUACCAGCACCACACUCUAACCAGCUGAGCUAACCGGCCCAGCCCUCAUUUAUCUCAUCUUUUGCAUUCACAAGUCUUUUAGUUUAUGUAAUUUGAUUAAACAUGACAAAACCAGUGUGAGAGAAGUCAGCACAUAGUAUGUAGAAUACCUGGUAUGCAAAUAUACCUAAAUUCUUCUUCUAGUUUUAAGUUUUUCGUUAUCAAAAGCAGUAUUGGACAAUUUUUCUUUCUUAUGUAAUUUUUUAGAAGACAUUAGAAUAUCUUUCAUUUCUACCAGAAAAAAAGGUCUUGUUUUUGAAGCUACAGUCUGUGCAUAUGAUGUUCUAAUGGGACAGUAAGAACAUGGAGUAGUGUGUACUGCAUGUCCUUUGUGUACAAUAUGUGUAUAUAACUGCUAAUUUGGAAAAUGGUCAAAUCAGCAUGUCUGUACUUAUGAAAAAAUUCUUUGGUAUCAUAUAUUUUUAUCACUUAGGAAAUGUGCUUAAUUCUCAAGUUUUUUUUUUAAUGUUACUGUUGAAGAAUAAAAAGUUUUAUCCUUUUUUUCCCCCCACUAUAUAUUGUCUUACCCAGAAUUGGGCUAUAUUUGUGUGAUGGUUUUUUAACAUCUACUAAGUGAUCAUAAGGAACAUAUGCUGAUAUUUGAAAUCUUGUUCUGAUUUCUUGGUCAAAUUAUGUUAACAUUUAACACUAUCAAAAAUAAAACUUUCUAAUUUCUACAAAAAACAAAAAAAUAGAAAACCUGCUCUCUGUAGGAAGUCAAAUCCCUAGGUACCUUAUCUCUUUUUUUUUUUUUUUUCCAAAAAAUAAUAGCUAAGAACAAUCACAUGUGAUUCUGGCUGUUAAAGUCAUACAUGCCUAGAGGAUUAACAUGCUUGACUAAUUAUGAUUCUGUUGAAUUGUUUUAGAAUAUAAGGGCCUUCAGUUUCCACUUCCCCUUUUUCUGGAAAUAUCUUCAUAUUAGAUAAAUCGUUAUAUGCCAUAGCAGAGACACUCCUCUAACUUAAAUUUUUUGUGGAUUUUUUUUCUUUUUGCUAAUCCAGUACAAAUAAACAUUUUAACGGCUUUUUUUUUUUUUCAUUCUUUGAAAAAUAUAUUUAAAUGCAUAAAAUUGCCUGUGCUGCUCAUUGACAGAACUGUUCUUUUGGGAAUAGGAAGAUUUUUUCAACCUGACAUGUUAUGUUUGAUUUGUCGACAACUUAAAGAGAGUACCAACAUUUCUCAAAAUGCAAUUGAUAUUCUCACAUAUCUCAGAAAUAUUAAGGAAUUGGGUUCACAAAAGAAUGUCUUACAUAUUGUUGACAUUUAUGUGAAGAUUCUUUAUACUGUUGUAAAUGUUUCAUUCAACUUAAUAACACUUUUAAAAGA